AUGUCGCACAACGAUGCUAGAAUCCGGCCUUCUCGGCACGAAGACGGUAUUAGCGAGCUGCCUGUCAAUGGCUCGAAGGUCGAGCUAUCUGAAACUAGCACCAAAGGCCAUGAAAUGGCAGGUAAAUACACGGCCUUGAUCAACCAUCGCUUGGCGAUCAUACUUGUGACACAGCUAGUGACUUUGUACUUCACGAGCAAAUGGCAGAGGUUGAACAACAGUAGCUUCGUGAAGCCCAUGAGUGGUGUGGGACAGAGUUACCCAAUAUCCGGAUCAAGCCCAACAGAGAUCCUCUUCUGA